CCAUCCACCCCUGUUGCCGGCUAACCACAACACUCCCCCUGUCUCUUGCAGCAGAUCCGGUGGUCGAUGUCCUGGCGGCGCUGCAGCUGCAGAAGGAGCCCGAGGGGGUCCGCAAGACGGCAGGCUUCUGCCCGCAGAAGCGUGCGGGGUCCGGGAUGGGCACGGCCUUCCGGAUAUCCAGGCGGGCCCAGAUCAGUGCCCCAACAUGGCAGCUCUUCCCAGGUGAGUUCCCCGCGGACUUCUCCGUGAUGGCACUGCUGAAGGCCAAGCCGGGCCGUCCAGUCUUCCUGCUCUCCCUCUAUGACCGGCACGGUGUGCAGCAACUGGGCAUAGAGCUCGGCCGCUCCCCGCGUUUCCUCUACCGUGACCAGAGUGGACGCCCCGCCCCCGAUGACUACCCGGUCUUCCGCGGGGCCAACCUGACCGACGGCAGAUGGCAUCGGCUGGCACUCAGCGUGAAGAAGAAACAGGCGACGUUGUUCGUGGAUUGCAAAAAGGAAGCCACCGUGGCCCUCCCGCGAGGGAACAGCCCCAUGCUGGACGUCAAAGGCAUCACCGUGUUUGGGGCCCGGAUCCUGGACGAGGGGGUCUUUGAGGGAGACAUCCAGCAGCUACUGAUCAGCUCCAGCCCCCAGGCUGCCCAGGACUACUGCCCGGAUUGUGGGAGGGCCCCCCAGAAGCCCCAAGCCCAGGAAGUUCAGCAGAGGCCCCCCAGGCCUGAGACGCCGGCUAAGACGAAGCCCGCCACCAACGCCGAGGCGAAGAGGCCCCAGAAGCGCCAACUGCCUGGCCCCUCACCCACCAAACUCAAGACCGACGGCCUGGAAGGGAAGCGGCCCGGCGGCCCCAAGGAGCCCCGCAACGGGAAGGUCUCGGCCACUGGAAAGACCCCCAAGGCCAACAGCCCCAGUGCCAAAGCCGCCAGCAAGGCCUCUGUGGGGAAGAAGGCAGGAGGGGGCCCCGCCCAGGCAGCCCGGGGCCCACGAAGCAGCUACCAGCAGGACCGGGGUCCUCUUCCCACCGAGCAGCCCCGGGGGGCCCACCAGCACCCCAGCCGCCCCCAACCUCCUGAGGCUACUUCCCAGAAGAGGGGCCCCACAGGGGAGGCCUCUCCUCCUGCCCUCUCGUCGCCCUGGGUGGAGGAGGCGGCGGCUGAGAAGGAGGAGAAGGAAGGCCUCGUGCCCGGCAUGGCUCUGGAUUAUGGAGACGGCGAUCCCAACCCCGGCGAGAUGGGCCCUCUGCUCUCAGCCCAGGCCCCCUACGAUGCCGUCGCGGUGCUCGGAGCCCGAGGCCUGAAGGGAGAGAAAGGGGAAGCGGCCGUCUUUGAACCUGGGAUGAUUGUGCCGGGCCGCCCUGGCCCCGAAGGACCCCGGGGCAUGAGCGGGCCGCCCGGUGCCCAGGGGACGCCCGGACCUCCCGGCGACCCCGGAGAGCGGGGUCCCCCUGGACGGGCCGGAUUCCCGGGAUCCGACGGACGUCCGGGGCCCCCCGGAACCUCCAUGAUGCUUCCGUUCCGUUUUGGGAGCCCCGCAGGGGGCCAGAAGGGGCCCGUCGCGAUGGCCCAGGAGGCUCAGGCCCAGGCGUUCCUGCAGCAGGCCCGGCUGGCCUUGCGUGGCCCCCCAGGACCGAUGGGCUACACCGGCCACCCAGGAGCCGUGGGCCAAGCUGGAAGCCCCGGCGUGAAGGGGGAAGCCGGAGAUUUUGGCCCCCAGGGGCCCCAGGGACAACAGGGACUGAGUGGCCCCCCAGGGAAGCCCGGCCGUCGUGGCAGGGCUGGUGCAGAUGGCGCACGGGGGAUGCCUGGGGAAUCCGGCCUCAAGGGCGACCGGGGUUUCGACGGGCUGCCCGGCCUCCCGGGGGACAAAGGAUACCGGGGGGAUCCCGGAGCACAAGGUGUCCCUGGACCCCCCGGUGAAGACGGCGAGCAGGGAGACGAUGGAGAGAUCGGUCCCCGCGGACUCCCAGGAGAAACGGGACCGAGAGGGUUGCUUGGCCCCAAAGGGCCCCCGGGCAUCCCAGGGCCCCAGGGCGUGCGUGGCGUGGACGGCCCCCACGGACCGAAGGGGGGUCUGGGACCGCAAGGGGAACCAGGCCCCCCCGGUCAGCAGGGGACACCUGGGACUCAGGGUCUUCCAGGACCGCAAGGAGCCAUGGGACCCCCUGGGGGAAAGGGACCCCAAGGGAAACCCGGCCUUCCUGGGAUGCCCGGCUCCGAUGGACCCCCGGGUCACCCGGGCAAAGAGGGAGCUUCCGGCACCAAAGGCAACCCGGGCCCCUCUGGCCCCCAAGGCUUGGUGGGCUAUCCGGGCCCUCGCGGAGGAAAGGGUACCGACGGCGUCCGUGGCUUGAAAGGGCAAAAGGGCGAGAAGGGCGAAGAAGGUUUCCCGGGCAUCAAGGGGGACGUGGGGCCGAAAGGCGACAGGGGAGAAUUGGGGGUCCCGGGAUCCCGUGGGGAAGACGGACCCGAAGGCCCGAAGGGACGGACGGGGCCCCCUGGCGAACUUGGCCCUUCUGGACUCCCGGGCGAGAAGGGCAAACUUGGGGUGCCGGGACUCCCCGGAUAUCCCGGCCGACAAGGCCUGAAGGUGAGUCGGAGUGGAGCGAGCGGGGCUCUGGGCCCGUGGGGCCUCGCUGGGAAAAUGGGACCACGAGGUGAACGAGGACCCUCUGGCCCCAGAGGGCAGCGAGGGCCACGAGGAGCCACUGGGAAAUUGGGAGCCAAGGGCACCUCUGGUGGCGAAGGUCCCCCGGGUCCCCCAGGCGAACGGGGGCAACCAGGAACUCAGGGGCCGAAUGGAUUCCCCGGACCAAAAGGCCCCCCGGGCCCCGCUGGCAAAGAUGGGAUGCCCGGCCACCCAGGACAGCGCGGAGAAGUGGGGCUGCAAGGCAAGGCGGGCUCCCCAGGCGGGCCCGGCGUCGUGGGGCCACAGGGGUCUGCAGGGGAAACGGGCCAGAUGGGGGAGAGGGGCCACUCGGGGCCCCCAGGGCCUCCGGGAGAACAAGGCCUGCCAGGGCCCCCCGGGAAGGAAGGGACCAAGGGCGACCCAGGAACCAGCGGAAGCCCCGGAAAGGACGGACCCCCAGGCUUGCGGGGCUUCCCCGGAGAGCGAGGCCUUCCCGGCACGGCUGGUGGCCCUGGACUGAAAGGCAACGAGGGAACUGCCGGCCCCCCAGGACCAGCGGGAUCUCCUGGUGAGAAGGGUCCCUCAGGAUCAGGAGGCCCCAUCGGGCCCCCGGGCAGACCCGGCCCCCAGGGGCCACCUGGACCGGCUGGAGAAAAGGGCGUGCCGGGUGAAAAAGGGCCCCUUGGCCCUGCUGGCCGUGAUGGUGCCCAGGGUCCCAUUGGGCUGCCCGGCCCUGCGGGACCACAUGGUGGCCCGGGUGAAGAUGGGGAUAAGGGAGAAGUGGGGGACCCGGGUCGCAAAGGGCCCAAAGGUAGCAAAGGCGAGCAGGGUCCCCCAGGGCCCCCGGGCGCUCUCGGUUCUCUUGGGCAGCCGGGUGCUGCGGGAGCGGAUGGUGAGCCUGGGGCGAGGGGCUCCCAGGGCAAUUUUGGGACGAAGGGGGAUGACGGCAUCCGAGGAUUCAAUGGGCCACCAGGACCGAUUGGCUUGCAGGGACUGCCCGGACCAUCUGGGGAGAAGGGGGAGACUGGUGACGGGGGACCCCUGGGACCCCCGGGACCCCCAGGACCACGAGGCCCAGCUGGGCCCCCCGGAGCUAGUGGUCCGCAAGGCCCCCCAGGAGGAAUCGGAAACGAGGGGCCACCAGGACAAAAGGGCGAACCAGGAGAGCAGGGUGGACCCGGAGUCCCCGGAGAGUCCGGUCCGAAGGGCCCGCGGGGUGAGCAAGGAGAGAAAGGGGAAGCCGGAAGCGCUGGUGUGGCCGGACCCCCCGGAGGGAGAGGCCCCGUUGGGGACGAUGGGCCCAAGGGGAACCCGGGCCCGGUUGGCUUCCCUGGAGACCCCGGACCCCCUGGAGGAAUCGGACCCCGGGGCCAAGACGGAGCCAAAGGCGAGCAAGGAGAAAAUGGACAACCCGGAGAGGCGGGGUCUCCGGGACCAUCGGGUGAGGCUGGUCCCCCUGGGCCACUUGGGAAGAGGGGCCCCGCUGGAACGCCUGGCCCCGAGGGACGGCAGGGGGCGAAGGGCAAGAAGGGAGAAUCAGGGGUCCUCGGCCCCCCUGGCAAAACCGGGGCUGUGGGACCCCAGGGGACCCCUGGAAAACCUGGCCUGGAGGGCUUGAGAGGCGUCCCGGGAUCUGUGGGGGCCCAAGGCAAACCGGGGGCCACGGGCCAGGCUGGGCCCCCAGGACCUGCGGGCCCCCCCGGACUGCCUGGCCUGAAGGGUGAGACGGGCCCCAAAGGAGAGAAGGGCCACCCGGGACUCAUCGGCUUGAUUGGACCGGCCGGAGAACAAGGAGAUAAAGGGGACCGGGGGAGCCCUGGCCCCCCAGGGAGUGGGGGUCCUAAAGGAGAGACUGGCAUCCCUGGACCAAUGGGCCCUCUUGGCCCCGUGGGGCCCCCUGGACUUCCUGGUGGUCCCGGUCCUCAGGGUGCCAAAGGAGCCACGGGUGAAGCCGGACCCAAAGGACAGAGAGGUGUCCCCGGGCCCCCGGGGAGGCCGGGUCCGCCAGGUGAGACCAUCCAGCCGCUGCCCAUUCAGCGUUCCAAGAAGAGCCGGCGCUCGGUGGACGGCAGCCAGCUGGUGGAGGAGCAUGAGGAGAUGGCGGCUGAUGGGGCGGCGGAUCAGCCAGCCUCCCGGCGUGUGGAGGAGAUCUACGGCUCGCUGGAGUCUCUCCGCCAGGAGAUCGAGGGGAUGCAGAAGCCGCUGGGCACUCGGGACAGCCCUGCCCGCACCUGCCAGGACCUCCACUUGAGCCAGCCCGAAUUGCCUGAUGGUGAAUACUGGAUUGACCCCAAUCAGGGCUGUUCCCGCGACUCCUUCAAAGUCUACUGCAACUUCACGGCGGGGGGCGAGACCUGCGUCUUCCCCAGCUGGGAGUCUCGAGAGGUGUCAAUGGAUGCCUGGGAGGAGGAGACGCCGCCCAGGUGGUUCAGCCAGUUCCAGAAGGGCCAUCGGUUCUCCUACGUGGACGCAGACAGCCACCCGCUGGGCGUGGUGCAGCUUUCCUUCCUGCGCCUGCUGAGCACCUCUGCCCGCCAGAACUUCACCUACCACUGCCAGCACUCGGUCGCCUGGCACAGCUCGGGGUCCCCCGCCUUGGGGGGCUACCAACAGGCCCUACGCUUCCGGGGGGCCAACGAGGACGACCUGAGCUACGACAACAGCCCCUAUGUCAAGGCCCUGGUGGACGGCUGUGCGGCACGGAAAGGAUCCAGCGAGACACUCCUGGAAGUCAACACCCCACAGGUGGAGCACCUGCCCUUGCUGGACGUGCGCCUGGCAGACUUUGGGGAGCCCGGGCAGCGCUUUGGCUUUGAGGUGGGGGCUGCCUGCUUCCUUGGCUAG